AAUAUAUACAAUCCAAUAAAUAAAUAUGUGAUAUUAAUACGCACAUGUCAAAAAUUAUUUUCUCACCAUCUGAUACUCGAAAUUUUAUAAAUUAUUUGCAAAAAAUAAUUAUCGAGAUUUAAUAACAAUAAGUAAUUAAUUUAUUAUUUCAAAGCAAUAAAAUGCCACCAAAAUUUAAACCGGGAGGAAAAAGAUUUCCGCCAAAAGUAACUCCAAAGUCUCACCCACCCCAAGCAUUUCAUGAUACUCCAGCGUCAACGAGUUCUCCAGGCCUAGAUGAAGAAUCUGAAAAUAAAUUUGAACUCGAAUUGUGUUGGUGUAUACAGCAGCUAGAACUAGGAAUCCAAAGCGGAAAAUUAAAAGACAAACAGCUUAAAGACACUGUAAAAAAUUUAAAUUCAUUAAAAAGCAAUAGUGUGGCUCUAGUACAAAAAAGACAAAUAAUGAGAAGUACUUUUGGGGAUUAUCGCUUAAAAAUGAUUGAAGAAGAAAAAAAACUUGGGAAAUCUGUGACUCAAGUUAAAUUUUCAUCAGUAAAAGCUAAAGAAAAGUCUGUCUUCUUAAGAAAGUCUCACUGCUCUGAUAAUGAACAAUCAUCAUCAUCAUUACCAUCAACAUCAACCAGUCAGACUAAUGGAGAACAAACAACCGAAUCCAGUCAAAGUCUUUCGUCUCUAUUCCGUAAAAAACCAACAAAUGAAACUUUUGCAUUUAAUUUCAAUAAUUCCGAUACUUAAAAAAUAAAAUUUAUCAAUUUUCAUAUUUAUAAA